UUGCAUUUAUAGUAAUCUGUAUAUUAUAUUAACUCAUUAUUUAUAUGAAAGUGUUUUCUAAUUAACCAUUGAAUGGCUCAAUGUUUUGUACAAUUAAGACAUUGAUGGUAAUAUUGGUGAUACUAAUGAGUGAUGAUUUGCAUUGCGAUUACGAGUGACCUGUGGUUGAAGUAGUGACCAAUUGUGGUGAUAAUUGUUGUCAAUAGUGUUGUGCUAAGAGUUAGUCAAUUGAAUUGAAUUGUAUUAACAGUACUACAGAUAACGUGUGCAUCCAAUGGCAGUGUCGGUGCAGUGAUGGCUCGACUGUGAUCCGCGAGCAUCGCUCAGCCCUUUCAUACCUACCGACUUUUAUUAUGAUUGAAGGAAACGGCGAAAUCCAAUGGACUUUCUCUCAGGUCAAGGGAACUCUCGAGGAUGAAGUGACCGAUGCGGACAUUAUAUCAUGUGUUGAGUUCAACAGCGACGGUGAGCUGUUGGCCACCGGCGACAAAGGCGGACGAGUAGUCAUUUUCCAAAGGGACCAAUCGUCGGUGCCAAACCCCAGGAGAACCGAAUACAACGUUUACAGUACUUUCCAAAGCCAUGAACCGGAGUUUGAUUACUUAAAAAGUCUUGAGAUCGAGGAGAAGAUAAACAAAAUUCGGUGGUUAAGGCGGAAGAAUGCGGCAAACUUUCUAUUGUCGACCAACGAUAAGACCAUUAAAUUGUGGAAAGUGUCCGAACGGGACAAACGCAUCGACGGCUAUAACCUGAAGGACGACAGCGGACAGGUGUUAAGGGACCCCAACUCUGUCACCUCACUGCGAGUGCCUAUCCUUACAUCCAUGGAUCUCACAGUGGAAGCUAGUCCUCGAAGAAUAUUCGCCAACGCGCACACCUAUCAUAUUAACUCUAUAUCAGUGAACAGUGAUCAGGAGACCUACCUGUCCGCCGAUGAUCUCCGUAUCAAUCUCUGGAACCUCGAGAUUACAGAUGAGAGCUUUAAUAUCGUGGACAUAAAGCCAGUCAAUAUGGAGGAGUUAACUGAAGUAAUAACCGCAGCGGAGUUCCAUCCGUCUCAGUGUAAUCUGUUUGUCUACAGCAGUAGUAAAGGGAUUAUACGUCUGUGCGAUAUGAGGGCCGCAGCUCUGUGUGAUCAACACGCCAAGAUUUUCGAAGAGCCCGAAGACCCGACGAAUAGGAGUUUUUUCUCGGAAAUAAUAUCCAGUAUUUCGGGCAUUAAGUUCUCAAACAACGGCCGAUAUAUGAUAUCUCGCGACUACUUAUCUGUGAAAGUAUGGGAUCUCCACAUGGAUUCGCGACCCAUUGAGUCAUAUUUAGUUCACGAAUAUUUACGUUCAAAACUCUGCAGUUUAUAUGAAAACGAUUACAUUUUCGACAAAUUUGAGUGUUGUUUCAAUGGAACCGAUUCUUACAUAAUGACGGGUUCCUAUAAUAACUUCUUCAAGAUUUUCGAUCGCCAGACAAAACGUGAUGUAAUGCUCGAGGCGUCCAAAGAAAUCGCGAAACCGCGCACUAUAUUAAAGCCGAGACGAGUGUGCACAACGGGUAAGAAGAAGAAGGAGGAGAUCAGUGUCGACAGUCUAGACUUCAACCGCAAGAUUCUGCACACGGCGUGGCAUCCCAACGAGAAUAUCAUAGCAGUGGCCGCUACUAAUAAUCUGUACCUCUUUCAAGACAGGCUUUAGUAUAGAGUUAUUUAGUACUCAAUUCACACAUUAACUAACGAACCAAACAUUUACAUCACUUUUUCAUAAUGUGUUCAAAUUUAUUUGAGGUAAACAUUCGUUAAA